CAGGGGAAGAACAUUGGGGGACCUGGGAUCGGCAGAAAGGGAUGUGAGAACUCUGAGGGGCCGGAGAGAGCUGUGCGGGGAAAAUAGUUGCGAUCAUCUGGGAGAGAGAGUGGGGAGAUCCGGGAGCGGCGGGAGGGAAGAGGAGAGAUUUGACAAGGAGUUGGCUAGGGGAGAAGGCACCUGGAACACCAGGUAGGCGGUAAGGACGUUCAGGAGAUAGCUUUCGUUGCAGUAACCGCUGGGAGAAAAGGAAUCAGAGAGAGAGAGCGUAACCCAAAAAGGAGCUCAAAGGGAGAUUGGAGAGUGGGUGUUGCAGAAGUCGCGAGAAGCCCCCCAGAUUUUUGAAUGAGCAAAUUGGGAUGUGCACCAGCUGAGCAGAUAGGGUAGAUCUAAGGUUAAAUUAGUGUGGGUGUUACGGGAAAUCAAGGUAGUAGGAAUGUAGGCAAGAGCUGCUCCUCUCCCCCCCACCCCCGAGCCCCCUUGGAGAGGAAAUAUUGGGAUUCCUGCUAGUAGACAUCAGAGGCACAUACAGAGCAGGCUAGGGGGUGGAAUACUUGAGACGGUUUAUGUUAGAGGGCAUUUACUGAGGACACCUUGAAAUAGUCAGAAAAAGGUCCUUUCAGAAGAAUUAAGCUAUUUAAUAUUGGUUUCUAUCAUUUUUUUGGAUUUUAUUCAAGUUGGGUAAUUGAGUCUCUGUAUCUUGAUACACACUGGGGGUAAAUUAGAGGUUCUCUUCUGAGAUUCCUUCAGAUUGGAAUGGGAAAGUUUAACAAAGCCAGUGCUACCAAGGGUCUUCAGUCUUCCACAAUGAACCCUGUUUACAGCCCUGUCCAGCCUGGGGCUCCCUAUGGCAACCCCAAGACUAUGGCCUACACAGGUUACCCUACUGGUUACCCAACAGCUGCCCCAACCUACAACCCAAGCUUGUAUCCAACCAAUAGCCCAAGCUAUGCUCCAGAGUUUCAGUUCCUGCAUUCAGCUUAUGCCACGCUGCUGAUGAAACAGGCCUGGCCCCAGACCUCAUCGUCCUGUGCCACUGAAGGAUACACAGCAGGAACACCCUACAAGGUCCCACCCACCCAGAGUAACAAUGCACCACCUCCCUACUCUCCAUCACCUAAUCCUUACCAGACGGCUAUGUACCCUAUUCGAAGUGCCUAUCCUCAGCAGAACCUGUAUGCCCAGGGAGCUUAUUAUACACAGCCUGUGUAUGCCGCCCAGCCCCACGUUAUCCACCACACCACCGUUGUCCAACCCAACAGCAUUCCAUCAGCCAUCUACCCAGCACCUGUGGCUGCUCCCAGGACCAAUGGGGUAGCAAUGGGCAUGGUUGCUGGAACCACCAUGGCCAUGUCAGCAGGUACCCUGUUAACUACACCACAACAUACUGCAAUUGGAGCUCACCCCGUCUCCGUGCCAACGUACCGGGCUCAAGGGACCCCCACGUACAGCUAUGUACCUCCACACUGGUAAACUUCAGCAGCCAAUUCACAUUGGGAGUCAGACACGGUAUGCAACAACUCAAGUCUUACACCCGGUGCUGGCAUGAUUCCAGACCAGCGCCAUGCCCGUCUGCAAGAACAACCACCACUGAAAAGUGCCAGGGUCACUUUAUGCAUCCUUUAGUGUUUGGGGUUUUUCUUUUUUUUUUGGGGAAAAAGCUGCAUUUUCUGACCUUCUCCCUCUUCCCUCAGCCCCUUUCUGCCAGCCCAUUUCCUGCCCCCCCCCAAAUGACGACCCUCACUCUGAGCCUGGCCAGUGGUUACAGUGUCUUUAGUCUUCUCAUUUCUAGGCCUCAGCGUUGAGUUCGGGCGGCGCGCCCCCACUGGUGUUUUGUUUUGAGUUGUUCUGCCGGUGACUGGGCUCGUUCGUUUGUUUGUUGUAGCGAGAACGUGCGGCGCGGCGCGGGGUCUCCGCUCUGCUGUGACUUCCUUCUCUGUUUCUCUCGAGAAGGGGGGGGGAGUGAUAUCAGUCGUUGACUCUUCCAUGCCACGAUACAAAUGGAACUCGCGUCUUCCAGAGAGCUGUCGUGACCGAUCAUAAUCCAUCCUCCAAAGCCGGCCCAUCGAUAGGAAUCCCAAACCUGUGGGAAUGUUAGCAAUGGGACCUGUUAGUUUUAGAACAUAGGAAGGCUUUGGAUCUGUUCCUCAUGAAAGGUCAGACUGCUUUUUUAAUGGGGGUAGGGGGGUGGGGGGGGUGGGGGGAGGGGAAGGGAAUGGUCUCAGAGGCCAAGGGAUGGAAAAAAAGGAAGGGCUACACCUGGAAACUAGCACAGGGUUCGCAGCUUUGUUGUAAGGCAGCUCAGUGCUAGACCUUCUAAGGUAUUUUGCGGCCAGAACUUGAGGGACUGUCAGACCUUCGGGUGCUGGGUCUUCUGAUCACCAGCCUCGAGGGUACAAGACCUCCCCAGUACUGGACCAUCUGGAUGGUGGAUCUUCUGAUCGCACUGUGUCAUAACCAGACAGUUCCUCUGAGGGCAAUUGAUGCUUGCAGCAGUCCCAGGUGGGACGGAUGGAUAGAAAAGAAACACAGGGAUCUCGAGUCAUGCAUCAGGAUGUCUCCUGGGUGGUAGAUGAAAUCGACAGGCCCAAGCACCCAAAGGGAGCCCGGGAAAUCUGUCCCCCUGAGAUGGCCCCUGGGCAAGGAGGAGCAAGAGCUGGUGGGGCAUGGGGUCAGUUCUCCAGGUAGGGAGGAGACCGGACCACCACCUCUUGUUGGAAGCAGCGUGGGGCCGGAGCCCGCAAGUCCUCGCUGCCCAGCACCACUCCCAGAUGCUGCUAACACUAUUUUGUUCAUUGAAGAAGUUACUGAGUAACAUUUGAGGUGCUUCCAGGGAAAGGACUGUGGGGACAGUAGGGAAAAGGGUGAAAUCGGGAUCAUGGAGCAAUAGCAAUAAACAUUUCAUAAACUCAUGGAGCUGGAAGGGGCCAUUUUGUCCAUCCCCUUCCUUUUAUAGAUGAGGAAACCAAGACCCAGAGAGGGGAGUUGCUCUUGCCCCAGGUCACACGGCAAGUGAGGCCGCCUGGAGAAGGAGCAGCUGGGCUGAGGGCAGGGGAGCAGGUGGGCACAAAGCAAUAAAGGCACGCAACCAGAGGGAGGAGGACCCAGCAGAGGAGGAAGCUUCUUCUGGAAGUGGCACUGAAGGAGCAUGGCAGCUUACAUCCUUGAAGGCCAAGGGAAGGAAUGGAGCAGAGCUCCCUGGGGGCCGGAGAAUUGCGGCACCUUGGCACCCUGUGGGUACUGGGGGACCAAACACCCCUUCGGGCUGGUCGGGUUGUAUUCAAAGCAGGGGAGACACACUGAGAUGACUGAGGUCCAGACCCAUCCCAGGACCUGGAAAACCCCUCAGGUUGGGACUGCUCCACUGUUGGCCAAAGCUUGGGAAAAGGUCAGUCCAUCCACUGCCCUUCCUGGGUUAUGUGGGGUGGCAGGGGAGGUAAUCUUGGUGUUGCGCUGGGCCUUUGGAUGGAAUUGAAUUGGAAGGAGCUCUUACUGCUUAAAAUGGGGUUUCAGUAAAUCUUUGGUGGCAGUUCUGCAGACUUUAUGUCUGUUGCAACUACUGUUUGAGGGGAUUUUGGUGGUCAGUGUUGUGGAAAGAAAAUAACCAAGUGAAGAGAUGGACGAGAGAUCUUAUUUUUAGGAGUGCACAUCUUAUUCCAUACUUUAAACAAUAGCUUUCCUUAGAAAAUUAAACCAACUCAGAUUUGUUUUCAGACCCCUCAAGGAAGGCAAUAAAACCAGAACAGACUCAAAGCUGGAAGGGCACUGGGGUCACCUUCUCCUUAGAGCCUCCUCAUAAGGGAGGCCAUCCCAAAACCUGAUAGAGAAAAGCCAGUCUUGAUUUUUAGUCAUUGUUUGGUCGGUCCUUCGGUAGCACAGUGAUUUCUGUGGCAUAUAGGUUAUAACCCUUCUAGGCUUUUCCGUCUAAUGGGGUUCUCAUCUAUCCUUCUCUAAUGUCCACAGAGGACCCACCUAACACACUGGAAGCUUUCUUUGGUCCUUUUCAUACUUCUGGUGUCUUCACACAAUGCUCAUUCGGCCUGUCCAUUUGUGUUCCCUCACUCUUGCUACAUGGGGAGGGGUGUGUGUGAAAGGUCAUGUACCAAAAGUGGUUUUAAAAAUACAGAUUAAAAAAAGAAAUUUCAUAAGUGAAACAGACACACACACACCUGGUGGUAUUUGGACUAUGCCUCAAUUUGUUUUUAAAGAAAAUAAUUUUCACAGUGUUAACCUAAGUAGUUUUACCAAGAUGCCUACUCAAUUUUUGGUUUUAUAAGUCUGAUUUAUGAUCUUUAACCUCUCCUUAAAUAAUUCUUGCAUGGAUCUAAGAUCUCAUCAAUGCUGAUAACCCCUUCUAUGCCUUCUUAUCUGUCCCCUACAAUUCUUGACUGUGUCUGUAAAUUUUCCAUAGUGGUUCCACCCAACACAAUGAGAGGCUUCCUCCAGUUCUUCUAUUUUGUAGAUAUCUAUAAAAGUACCACAAAAUCAAGAACAAAAAUGAUGCCUCCCAUGUUUAGCAUCAUACACAAUUUUCAAAGGUUUUCUCAUCCAUUAUUUCAUUUGACCCUCCUAUGACUCUUAAAGCAGGAAAAGAGUGAUAAUACCCAUUUCACUGAAGAGGCCAAAAGCAGAGAAAGGACUUGUCCAAAGUCACACAGCUAAUUUAUGUCAGAGCCAGGACUGGUGCUGCAGUCUCUAGAGUUCCACAGUGCCUCAGUUUCCCCAAAGUCCACGGGGGCAAAGAGUGGGGAAGUGAGAUGAUGAAGAGAUUUCAUAAAUUUCACAUACAGCAUUGAUAGGAGAAAGAAAGCUAGUUGUUGCCCUUAUAGCUCUAAAAAUUGUGUUGAUUUAGAGGCCCCCAAGUUGUGUCUAGCAGGGUGAUUAUCAUGGAGAAUGCUUAAGAUGAGAUACCUAGAUUUGUUUAUCUGUCAGGAUCUAAUUCUCAUCACCAAUACCAAAAAAAUCUAAUAAAUACUAUUUUAUCCCCUAACCAGAAAUAACCUUGCCAUGGGACCCUGAAACCCUGGGCCUGAUUAAGGACAGAGAAAUCACUUAGGGAGUUCAAGGAUGAUACAGCCACAGGAAAGAUAGUCCAAGGUUGGCCAAGGAGGACUGAUUUUGAUUGGCCCAGUUGUUGGCACCUUUGCAUUAAGAUCUUGGCUACUGAGAGAGAGUGGGAGGAAGAGAAGGGGGGGAAGGAAGAGAGAGACAGAGAGAGAGAGUAUGCAAGAGAGGAGAGGAAAAAGAAUGGAGAGGGGAGUGGGAGAGGAAGGGGAGAGAGCAUGAGAAAGGAGUGCAAGCUUGUCUGGGUGAGCACUUUGAUGUCUAUGUUGGGGAAUUGGGGAAGUUGGGUUGGGAGAUCUCUCCCAUUGGUGAGAGAGAGACUAGCACUGAUAAAGAUAAUGUCUGAGGGCCUCUGUUUGGCCAUCUUCAUCUUAAGUUUGGAGGUAACAAUAUGAUAGGUCAUGUUUCUGUAGGGUAUUAAUGCUUACUUAGUACUUUAUAUAUGUUAUAUCAUUUGAUCCUUACAAUAGAUAGUGCAAGUAAUAUGAUCCCCAUUUUAUAGAUGUGGAAACAGACCAAAAGAGGGGAAUCAAUUUACCCAACAUCACACUGCUAGUAAGUGAUAGAACUACCAUUGGAAACCCAGAUCUCUUACCUCCCAGGUCAGGAAUCAAAAUGCUUCAUAUGUAUUACCACCACCACUCUCCCUGAAAAACAUAUCAUCUUAAGAAACUUAUACACCCUGUCAGGCAAAUGUAUAGGAUGAAGAAUUUGACUAGAAUUCAAGAUUUACAAGUUGAAGAAGGUCUUAAAACCGAUCUUCUGGUCCAGGGUUCCCAAUCUUAUUUGUGUUAUGGAUCCCUUGAGCAGCUUGCUCAGGAUCAUGUUUUUAAAGGCAUAAAAUAAAAUACAUGGUAUUGUCCAAUCAUAUUGGAAUACAGUUAUCAAAAUAUUUUUUCUUUAAAAAAAAAAAAAAAAG